CUCUAUUUCCCCCCCUCGUUUCUAUCCCUCAUCCCCCACCCCCAUCCGCCGCCUCCCCGACGGCUCUGCAGCGUGACUGGAAAUAGGCUGAAUUAAUCAGCAGCCGGGUGCUUCACUCUGCUGCUUCUGCCUCGAUCUCUGCGGCGCUGGGCUCUGCACAGCCUCCCUCUCCCUCUUUGCCUCUCGCUUUUGGGGGGCAGUGGCAGCGCCGGUUGCUGGGGAAGCGGCGCAGGGAUUUAGCCCAGAUGCUCUUCAAGCAGGCUGAUCUCUGGAACCCCCACCAAGGCAAAGGCCACAAAGAUGAGAUGACCUCAAGUUUGGGCCUUACCACAAAGAAAGCCCUUGUGAUCCUGAGAGACCAGUUGUCAGCUCUGCUGGAGGGGCAUCAGAAGGAACGGAAAAAAGUGACUUCAUGGAAGGAGGUGUGGAGGAGCAGUUUUCUGUACCAUGGCAACCGUUGCUCCUGCUUCCACUGGCCUGGUGCCUCUUUAAUGCUUCUGGCAGUGCUGCUGCUGCUGUGCUGCUAUGGGAGCCAGCCGCAGGGGAGCCAAGGUUCUGAGAUCGUUAAUGCACUGGCACUGUUCCUCCUUCUCCUCCUGGAUCUCUUCACGAUUGGACGUCAAGAGAGGCUGAAAUGCAGAGAGGUGGAGAGGAGGCUCCAGACCAUCAUUGAUAAGAUAAAUGAUGCACUUGGCAAGGAGGUGAAGUGGCCGGACUCCAUGUACCCUGACCUGCACAUGCCUUAUGCCCCGUCCUGGUCUCUCCACUGGGCCUACAGGGAUGGUCACCUCGUCAACCUGCCCGUGAGCCUCUUGGUUGAAGGAGACGUCAUUGCCUUGAGGCCAGGCCAGGAGUCAUUUGCUUCUCUGAGAGGGAUAAAGGAUGAUGAGCACAUAGUUCUGGAGCCAGGAGAUCUCUUCCCACCUUUCUCACCUCCACCCUCCCCGAGGGGAGAAGUGAAGAAGGGACCGCAGAACCCUCAGCUGUAUCGUCUCUUCCGUGUCUUGAAGACCCCAGUAAUUGAUAGUGUCAGGUGGUGUCUGGAAAUGGCUUUGUCACGUCCUGUGACAGCCCUGGAUAAUGAGAGGUUCACCGUGCAGUCAGUGAUGCUGAAAUAUGCUGUCCCUAUUGUACUGGCCGGCUUCCUGAUCACCAAUGCUGUGCGCUUCAUUUUCAAAGCUCCUGGAAUUGCUUCUUGGCAGUAUACGCUUCUUCAGCUACAGGUGAAUGGUGUCCUACCCAUCCUUCCAUUGCUCUUUCCUGUCCUGUGGAUUCUUGCUACCACCUUUGGAGAAGCCAGAGUCUUGGCGCAGAUGAGCAAGGCCUCAUCCACCUCACUGCUUGCUAAGUUUUCAGAGGACACUCUCAGCAGCUACACAGAGAUGGUGUCUUCUCAGGAAAUGAUCCGCUGUAUCUGGAGCCACUUCCUCUGCGUUUUAAAAGGCAGAUCCCCAACUCUGAGCUUCACUUCCAGCUUGCUCCAUAGUCUGGGAUCUGUCACUGUGCUCUGCUGCGUAGACAAGCAGGGGAUUCUUUCCUGGCCAAACCCCAGCCCAGAGACUGUUCUGUUCUUCAGUGGGAAGGUGGAACCACCUCAUGAUAGCCAUGAAGAUCUGACUGAUGAGCUCUCUACACGGUCUUUCUGCCAUCCUGAGAUGGAAGAUGAGCCUCAUGAAAGAGAUGCCUUGCUCUCUGGUCCCCUGGCAGAUGUGGUCCACAUGACCAGUGAGCAAGAGAGGAACUGGUCUGGUGACCCUCCGAAGGCUCCCGAUGGCCAUGCCCACCGAAAGGCCAGCAGCAGAAGCAAGCAUCCCUCUGGGUCCAAUGUGAGUUUCAGCAAGGACACAGAGGGUGGAGAGGAGGAACCUGCCCAGGUUGUUGGUGACAGUGAGGUGUUGGCUUGUGAGGCUGAAGACUUUGUGUGUGACUACCACCUCGAGAUGCUCAGCCUGUCCCAGGACCAGCAGAACCCCUCCUGCAUCCAGUUUGAUGACUCUAACUGGCACAUGCACUUGAAUUCCCUCAAGCCCCUGGGCCUGAACGUGCUGCUCAACCUCUGCAAUGCCAGCGUGACAGAGCGUCUGUGCCGCUUCUCCGACCACCUCUGCAACAUUGCCCUCCAGGAAACUCACAAUGCCGUGCUGCCUGUCCACGUGCCCUGGGGCCUCUGUGAGCUCGCCAGGCUAAUCGGUUUCACACCAGGUGCUAAAGAUCUUUUCAAGCAGGAGAACUAUUUGGCCUUGUACCGCUUGCCAAGUGAUGAGAUGGUUAAGGAAACAAUCCUGGGGAAGCUCUCAUCCAUCACCAAGAGGAGGCCACCCCUGAGCCACAUGAUUAACCUCUUCGUGAAGGACACCACUACCAGCACAGAGCAGAUGUUUUCUCAUGGGACAGCUGACAUCAUCCUGGAGGCCUGCACGGACUUUUGGGAUGGUACCGAUAUCUACCCCCUCUCUGGCUCCGACAGGAAGAAGGUGUUAGAUUUCUACCAGCGUGCCUGCCUCUCCGGGUACUGCUCUGCCUUUGCGUACAAGCCGAUGCAUUGUGCCUUGUCCUCCCAGCUGAACGGCAAGUGCAUAGAGCUGGUGCAGGUCCCUGGGCAGAGCGCAAUCUUCACCUGCUGCGAUCUCCCCGGCACCACCCCCAUCAAACAGAGCAGCCGGAGGAACAGCUGGAGCUCGGAUGGGAUUGGGGAAGUGAUGGAGAAGGAAGACUGUAUCCAGGCUCUGAGCGGACAGAUCUUCAUGGGGAUGGUCUCAUCUCAGUACCAGGCCCGUCUUGACAUUGUCCGCCUCAUUGAUGGAUUGGUCAAUGCCUGCAUUCGUUUUGUCUACUUCUCCCUGGAAGACGAGCUCAAAAGCAAGGUGUUUGCUGAGAAGAUGGGUCUUGAGACAGGCUGGAACUGCCACAUAUCUUUAACGCCCAACGGUGAUGUGCCCGGCUCAGACAUCCCUCCCUCGAGCCCCAGCCAUGCUGGCUCUCUGCACGAUGACCUACAUCAAGUUUCUCGAGAUGAUGUGGAGGGUCUCCUGCUGAUGGAAGAGGAAGGGCACUCGGAUCUCAUCAGCUUUCAGCCAACGGACAGCGAUAUCCCCAGCUUCCUGGAGGACUGUAACAGGGCCAAACUCCCACGGGGGAUCCACCAGGUGAGACCUCACCUGCAGAACAUCGACAAUGUGCCUUUGUUGGUGCCCCUCUUCACCGACUGCACCCCAGAGACCAUGUGCGAGAUGAUCAAGAUCAUGCAGGAGUACGGGGAGGUGACUUGCUGCCUGGGGAGCUCUGCCAACCUGCGAAACAGCUGCCUUUUCCUGCAGAGCGAUAUCAGUAUAGCACUGGACCCUCUCUACCCAUCUCGCUGCUCCUGGGAGACCUUUGGGUAUGCCACCAGCACCACCAUGACCCAUGCCUUGGACGAGCUCACCCCGCUGCAGCUCUCAGGGCAGCUCAACAGCCUGUCUUGCUCCAUGUCCUUCCGCCAAGAGGAGAGCACCAGCAUCAUCAGGCUCAUAGAGCAGGCCAGGCAUGCAACCUAUGGGAUCCGCAAGUGUUUCCUCUUCCUGCUGCAGUGCCAGCUGACCUUGGUUGUCAUUCAGUUCCUCUCCUGCCUGGCGCAGCUGCCCCCCAUCCUCAGUACGACAGACAUCGUAUGGCUCUCCUGUUUCUGCUACCCACUGCUCAGCAUCUCGCUCCUGGGCAAGCCUCCCCACAGCUCCAUCAUGACCAUGGCAACAGGAAAAAACUUGACUUCCAUUCCUAAGAAGACCCAGCACUACUUCCUGUUCUGCUUCCUGCUGAAAUUCAGCCUGACCAUCUGCUCCUGCCUCAUCUGCUUCGGGUUCACGCUGCACGAGUCCUGCCGUGGGGUGAACACUACUGGCCUCAAUCUCUCAGCCUGCUCCUCCAUCAUGCUGCACAGCGAUGCUGAUGGUGCUCCUGACUGGUUUGGGACGUUUUCCAAUGCUCUUCUUGUAUCCCAGAAGCUAACAGCUGGCCUGAUUGUCUUACACACAGUGUUCAUAUCCAUCACCCAUGUCCAUCGCACCAAGCCGCUGUGGAAGAAGAGCCCCCUCUCCAACCGAUGGUGGACGCUCACUGUGGCUGUUGUAUUGCUGGGACAAGUGGCACAGACCAUGCUGGACCUGAAACUCUGGGAAAACCUCAGCUCUUCGUUGACCUUUAACCAUGUUUCCAUCUCCCCGGUCUCAUGGCUCCUGGGUUUUCUUUCCUUGAUCCUUGUGGUUAUCAUCAAUGAGAUUGUCAAGCUGCAUGAGAUCAGGGUCCGGGUCCGUUACCAGAAGAGGCAGAAGUUGCAAUUCGAAACAAAGCUCGGGAUGAAUUCGCCAUUUUAAACCCUCCUAGCUGGAGUUCCUGGAGCCAGGGCCGUGCAGCUGCAUCCUGUGCUGGGAGAGCGGCCGCGCCAAAGGCUCAGGGAGGUUUCCUUCACACAUGCAAACCAGGCGGCCUCCUCGCAAAACAUCCGCACCUUCCAGGGGCCCCGAGCAAGGCACCGCUGUCGGGACCCCCAGCAGGUAUGCGGCCCUUCCGUGACCCACCAGGGAGCUCUCAAGGGAGCCUGCGAGCUGUGGUGGCUCUUCAGGCUGCUCUUUAUUUAUUUAUUACCAGAGGGGUUGUUAGGAUCAUGGUGAUGCAGAAAUGAAGUGACCCCUUCCCUCUAUGGGAUCAGAUGGGUUUCCUGGGGCUGGCAGGAGGACGUGAGGCCAGCAGGGGAGACACUGGGCUGCCCAAGCUCGAGAUCUCUUCUGAAACCCACUGUGAUUUUCCAUUUCCAUGUGCUCUCCUGGUUGUGUGUGCGAGCCCUCCUGUCCUUCCCUGUCCCUGGGGGAAGGAGCAGUCUCCCCUGUGUCUCCAGACAUGCGGGGUGAGGCCAGGAGCUCAUUGCCAAGGGCUCCCAGGGCAGGGAGUGGGGAGAGCCCCAGCCCGGCUGUGCCAGCCCUGCCCUCCAGCCUCGUCAGCGGAGCCAACGGCGGCUGCCAAGGGCUUCGAGAAAAGAGGGAUGAGAUGGGACUUUGAGAAAAGCUGUGAGUGCCUGGCAGUAGGGAGGGGGCAGAGGAGGCAGGAGGGCAGCACGGCUCAGCUGCCUCCAGCCCUGCUGAACUCGCUCCUCUCUGAUGACCCCAGAAAGGUUUCUAACUGGCCUCAGCUUUGUGGUUUGAAUUGGGUUCUGCUUCAGCAAAACAACUGCUUGAGAGGGACCGCAUGAGUGAUAAAACCUGAGCGCUGCCUGUCCUGCCCCGGAGGGAGAGGAACAGCUUUCCAGGCAGAUCUGUAUCUUGCAGUCGUGACCCACGUGGAGCUGGUGCACAGCUCCAUUCCAGGCCUGGAAUUGUGUUGGGACUGUACUUGCUCCCAAGGCACAGGGACAGCCCCUCAUCGGGUCUUUCUCAGAUGAUGUUUGAAAGCCUCUCCUCUCCACGCUGCUGCCCCCACAGCUGUUCUCUCUUCUCCUGCCGGGGCUGCUGCAAACCACGAUUUGCCCCAGGGCAGCGCGGAUGCUCCUGCACUCGGAGCAGACCCCAGCUGUACUGGGAACACUGGUGCUGCUGUGGGUUGGCAGUCACAGAGCACACAGGCUUGGCUAACGGAAUGUUUGCAGCACAUGGCGCUGCUUACUCCCUUCCCAGCUCUAAAAACCUGGCUAAACCAGGCAAAUCCUGGCCCUAUUUUGCUUCCAGUAUAAUACUACACUGUGCGGCUGUUGUUUCUGUUUGGGACCUAGACUCCUGCACGGCUGCUGGUCCUGGCUGGGACCCCAGCUCUGCCCUGCCGCUCCACCUUGUCUUCCUUCCCAUGCAGCAUGACCAGAGCGCCCACCCCGCUGCGUGUCCUAAGCAAUACCCCUCUGGGGGGGCGGGCAGGGGCCCCUCUCCAGGGCCAGAGGAUGCUGGAGGGGGGCAGCAGCUGGGGAUGUGCAGGAGCCUGGACCCUGUUCCUGCCCCGGCACCUGAGAAAAUGCUUUCCUGUCUGACACCAGGGCUGCCCCGCAGGUGGGAUAGGAUCCCUGUGGAGUCAGCAGCGGCACUGAGCUGCUCUCUCCCUGCUCUCCUGCAGCACAGCCUCCCUCCUGCCCGAGCUCAGCUCCUGUCCCGUGCCACAGUAGUAGUGAUAAACGCAGCAGCCAUCAGGGCUCCCUGCUGCCCACCCCUUCCUCGGGAGGAGGCACUGCCACGGUUCCCUUCUCUGGGCAAUCACAAAUAUUUAUUUUCUUGCGCCCUCGUUCCCCUCCUGACGCAGAGGGAGCCGAGGCACGUCAGCAGAGCCUGUGGGAUGGUCGUGCCGGUGCCACCCUUCCCUUGUCCUCUGAGGCACGGAGGGUGGGCAGGCACAGUGUCAGGCAUUUCCUACAGCAAGAGGUUUUUAAAUGGUGUAUAUUUUAUAUUA